GAUCUUCGUGCCCUAAUUUUCUCCCCCAAUUCACUAUAAUAUUAAAUCAAAUGUUAAUGAUAUUUAGUGAAACUGAGAGGAUAUUAAAAUAAUUAUCAAGGAUUGGAGAAAUGGAGAAUGUUGGGGAGGAGGCACCGAGGCCUAAAGUUGCGGUGGUGGUGUUUCUGCUGAAGGGGAACAAGCUGCUGUUGGGGCGGCGCCGCUCUUCCGUCGGCCGCGACACCUUCGCGCUGCCCGGCGGCCACCUUGAGUUCGGUGAGAGCUUUGAGGAAUGUGCAGCCAGAGAGGUGAAGGAGGAAACAGGGCUAGACAUUCACAAAAUCGAGUACCUAACCGUGAUCAACAACGUCGUCUUGAGAGUGGAUAAGCCUCUUCACAUAGUAGCAAUAUUCGUGCGCGCAUUUCUUUCCGAUCCAAACCAAACACCACAAAAUCCCGAGCCUGAGAAAUGCGAGGGUUGGGAUUGGUACGAUUGGAAGAAUCCCCCACGACCUCUUUUCGGACCGUUGGAAAAUAUGUCUGCGAGUGGUUUUAAUCCCUUUCCUGUGGAUUGUAACGACGAUUGAGAGUUGGGUUUUUUUCAGACAGAGAAUCAUUGGGGAAGUAAGUGUCUUUGUUUCUGACAUCAUUCUUGAUUAUGUUCGAAUUUGCAGUGAAUGAUUUUCAUGAAAUUGGCUGGUGUAGUGUGUGAUGUAAAAUGUGUAAUAGUUGGGAGGUUUUUGUAGUGUGUUUCCUAUUACGAAGAAAACGAAAUUUUCGAAGUGUGGCA